AUGGCAGCAAGCGUGCGCUGUCUAGCCGCCUUCUCCUCCCGGCGCUUUAUGGGAUUUCUGAGCCGUCCGCUCCUUUCAAGGCUACCUUCUCAACCACUGGGAGUUCCCCGACAUUUCCCCCCCUUCGUCCCUGUGGCAGGUACACAAGCAACUGCAUCGAGAGAAUUCGCGACGGCAUUCAACUUGGAGCCCCUCGUGGGUGGCUCAGCACCCGACUUUGAGGCCGACGCCUACAUGCCAUCAGGAAAAAUUGAAAAGCUGUCUCUCCAGGCAUUGCUACAGGCUCACGAUGGUGUUUGCCUCCUCUUUUAUCCUCUCGACUUCACCUUCGUGUGCCCUACAGAGCUCGUCGCCUACAAUAAAGAGGCAGCCUCAUUCAAGGAGAAGAACUGGGCGUUGGUCGGGAUUUCUGUUGACAGCGCUCACGCGCAUGCCGCAUGGAGUCGCAUGCCUCCGUCCGAAGGCGGUGUUGGCGCGUUGUCCUUUCCGCUAGUCUCUGAUCUGACGAAAGAAAUCUCCCGCAGUUUCAGACUGCUGAGUCGCGGGGCGUACAGCCUGCGGGGGUGUGUGCUGAUCGACAAGCUGGGCACGGUAAGGCACAUGACGGUGAAUGACGCGUCCAUGGGUAGGAACGUGGAGGAAACCUUGAGAGUCAUCGACAUGAUUUCCCACUUGAGCGUCAACAAGACGCGCGUCUGCCCUGCCUGCUGGGUGAAGGGAUCUCAAGACAUGGCCCCCUCCGUCCAGGGUGUGCAGGAUUACGUGGCAGGCUUGAAGAAGUGA